GCAAGAAGAGAGGGAAAAGGAACAGAGAAAAAAAACGAAAGAUGAAUAGCUUACUCUGCACCUUGUCCCUCUUCCUAGCCUCCUCUCUCGUCCUCUUCCAUGCCAGAUCGGUGGCUGACGUCGUUGCGGACACCUGCAAGAAGUCCGCGGCCUCGAGCCCGAACGUGAACUACGACUACUGCGUGAAGGCUCUCGGGUCGGACUCGAGGAGCAGCUCGGCGGACGUCCAGGGCCUGGGCCUCAUCGCGCUCAACCUGUUGGAGAGCAGCGUGACGAGCACGGCCUCGCACAUUCAGGAGCUGCUGAAGCAGAAGCAGGACCCGUACGUCCAGAAGCGCCUGACGGAUUGCUCGGACCAGUACUCGGACGCGGCCGACAGCUUGAAGGGAGCGGUCGGGUCGUACCAGGCGAAGCAGUACCUGGACGUCCAGACCGCGGUGUCGGCAGUGUCCACGUACGCGGACACGUGCGAGAGCCAGUUCAAGGACAAGGAGGGCGCGACCUCGCCGUUGACGAAGCAGAACGGCGACGUGACGCAGCUGUCUUACAUCGAACUUGCCAUUGUUGUCAUUGUUAAGGGCUCGUGAAGGGUUCGGGAUGAUGACCGGGGUGCCUCAAGAAUAAUGCUCGUUUUUUGUCCUUUGAUUCGGUCAUGGUUUUGCGUUGUCCAGCGUUAUAGCUCUGGAGUUUUGUUUUGGCUUCUUGCGCAUUACCAAUGGUUAUCGUGAAUUUUACUUA